AUUCUUGUUGUGUUUUUAAGAAAUCUUUCAUAUUUUUCAUUUUCUGAUUGAGACUUUAUUGAUCGAGCGAUUAAAAAUAAAGUGUCAAUUUGACAUUUUGUGAUUCACCAUAGUUUUUACUUUUUUCUUUUUUUAAACGAUUCUAUUUUUUUAAUUAAAAAAAACAAACGCCUCUCUAUUGUCUGACGAUGGCUACUCCAGUUAGAACAGUAAACAUUGUGCCAUUGCCUAAAGUUAAGAAAGAAAUAUCGGAAGAUGAAGAUGAAGACACAGUGUCGUGUAAAAUAUGCUACAAGCACUUUGUAAGCGAAUUAGCUUUGAGAAAUCAUGCACGUAUGGAACACACUGAAAUAUACAUUAACGGUGAUCCAGCGUUAUGGACUAAAGUUGUUACUAAGAAGCCAUCAGUACCUAAAAUAGAAGAAGAUAAAAGUGUAGAAGAGAAGACAAGAGAACUAAUAGCUUCUAUGACUCCAACAAGUAUAACAAAGUUGGCGUCAGAAGAUGUUAGCUAUAUUAUAGUUAAAUCUGAAGAUACAACGGAAAGACCACAAAUAAAAAAGAAGAAAGUGGAAAAAAUUGACAAAGAUAAAAUAGAGAGGCAAAAAGUUAUGACUCCGAAGAAAGAAAGAGAUCCGCAGCCUAUUACCGGUCCAUUUGAAUGUCUGCAACCAUCAACCCUGGUGGCUGAAGGUACAUGUCACCAGAUAUUCUUCUCGUGCUGUGACUAUUCAGUUCACUUUAGAGAUGAACAUACUCGGAGAAGAAAAGGUCUCCGUUGUCAAGUAUGUGAGAAGCCAUUGAAUGCGGUAGCUGAUCCUCAAGCUAUAUACAGUUGUGGGGUAUGUGGUAGUGGUUUUCAAAGUAAUAAAGAAUUAUCAGAGCAUAGUAGUCAAGCUCAUGUUAAGUUAAAACCGUUUGAAUGUACAAUAUGUCAUAAGAGAUUCACCCAACAAGGUGGAUUACAGCAACAUACACGUAUGCACACGGGAUACAGACCAUUUUCAUGUACGAUAUGUUCAAAGACAUUCACACAGAAAUCAGGUUUACAGCAACAUUUUAGGAUACACACAAAAGUGAGGCCGUACAGAUGUGUUAUAUGUAAUAAAUCGUUUUGUCAAUCUGUACAUCUGAAACAACAUAUGAGGACACACACAAAUGUAUCACCGUUCCAAUGUGGCAUUUGUGAUAAAAGAUUUAAACAGAGUAGUCAUUUGAAUUAUCAUUUGAAAUAUCAUAAUCCGGCAACUUUGUCUGAUGAACAGAAGAAGAAGUAUGAUGAGUUGGUCGGCUUGAUUGGGAGUAAUCCCGUAGAGUUGUGUGAGCCACAGUUGGGUGAUGAUAAGGUUGAAUCACAAGGUGAUGAAUGGUGUGUUACUUUUGUUGAUACGAAUAAUAUUAGUGAAGAUAGUAGUUUGACUUAGUAUGGUAUUUUAAUCGAGUAACUGAGUUUCUGAGACCGGUCUCAGUUUGAAAUAUACGUAUUUGGGUUUCGGAAACUCAUGUUUAUUGAUUUUUAAUACAACUAAAGGAUAUGUAAUUUAAAUUUGAAGAGCAUUUUUUUAAUCGACUAACAGUGAGUUUCAGAAGCCGGUUAAAAACAUAUUGUUGAGACAAAGAUGAUGAGUUUUGUACAGAUUUGGGUUUUAGAAACCCAUGGUAAUUUGUUUUUAACACAACUUAGGAAGAUUACUUAUAUGUAUUAAUUCAGUUUUUUUUUAUGUCUUAGUAAGGGUUUUUUAAUACAAUUAAAAAAGUGUAGGGUGUCAUUUG